AGUCAACACAUUUACGCUCCUAUAUAAACAGGUCAGGCCAACAGUGGCUCUUACUCAGUUUCUUCAUCACACUCAUUUCUGGAGGAGAAUACAGUACGAGUGACAACAUGAAUAAGCUGCUGGUUAUUACUGUGCUGGUUGCACUCCUCGCUCUCAGUGCUGAAAGCUUCCGUGUGCCGAGGCAGGCCGAGGAGGAGCAGGGAACCCUGUCCAAGAUCACAGAUACCAUCAAAUCCUACUAUUCGGGUGCUGUCAACACUGCCAGUGGAUACCUGGACGACAUCAAAGGCCUGAAGCUGGAGGAGAAGGCAGUAAAUCUGUACACUGAUACUACCACAGUUGUGAGCACCUAUGCCGGCAUAAUGCAGGACCAGCUUUACCACAUCUUUUACGCACAACAGUAAUCAAAAACUGAUUCCCAGUGAUCUCAGCUAUCCUGUCUGACAGCAUGCUCUGAAGCUCAAGGCCAAAAAGCAACAUUUGACAUUCUGAACUUGGACAUAUCUCACCUCACCCAAGCCUCCAAACCUCAAAUUGCAUCUUAAAAAAAAUAAUGGACUCAGUGCUCUUUGCGGGGCUUUCUUGGGCCACUGCACUGGUGGUAAAUGGUGAUAAAUGCCCAACAGGGACUGUAAUCCUUUGAAACAAACAACUAACAGCUUGCACAGAGGAAACUGGACAGAACAACUUGGCCAGCAAAAUCAAAGGAAAGAUUUUCUUCAUGGGUCUCCAAAUUAUUAUUAUUAUAUUUAAUUCUCUAACGCCACCUACUGGUCUUUUAGUUACCUCGUAACUACAUCUAACAGUCUUUCCACCACCCAACCUGAAUAAAUUUAAAUAUUUGUCAUAUCUUGAAAUAAAAUAUUUAUACAAAAA